GACGCGUUUCCAUGGCGACGCAACAUGGCGGACAGAAACACAUGCACGUUGUAAAUAUUUUCCUACUGUGCGCCGACUAUGCCAGAUCGUUCGAGUCGAAUUAUUUUUAAUUUUCGCGAAAUCCAGUGAACAAUAAUAGAAAAAUGUACAGAGGCGAUCGAGUUUUAAAUUGCAAAAUUAAGAAACCAAGACACGUAAGAAGACUGAACUUUGGCCAAUCGAACCGAACCUCAAAUGUGAUUAAGCAAUUUCAGAAUGAUGUAUGGCUAACUGACAAAAACCUGACAGACGCACCGUGUGCAGGAAAAAGCGAACCUAGUUACAAACAGAGCGAAAUGUACGUCAAUUAUACAACAAUCGAAACAUCACAUUGCUCACCCGUUUUCGGUACAUCUGUUAUAGUCUCUACAGAAACUUCGCCAAUUUUAGGUACUGUGAAGCGUAAAAAGAUAUAUGAUAUCAACAAAAAAGAAAACAUCAAAAGAAAUCUAUUUGAAUCUCUCUCAGAUUCAGUUCCUCCUAAUGUUUCUCCAAUACUUGGAAGUUCAUAUUCUCAUAAAGGAACUAAAAGAAAGUUUGGAAGAAACAAAUCACACAGAAAAGUCUUAGAUCAUAUUCAGAAUAUAUAUGCAGAAACUGAUGCCAAAUCUCCGUUAAUUUGUACCAAAGUAUAUAAUAGACCAAAGGUAUCUCCUAUUUUGAAUAGAAACUUUCAUUACAAACACAAGCGAAGGAAGCAAAAGGAGGAACAGAAUACUUCAAAUUUCCAAACAAAUGCAACAAACUCUUGUGAUUCGGUUAACAAAGAAAUCUUUCAAAACAAACGGGGAAUUUUAUGCAAUCAAAAGCAAUAUGCAUCGACGACAGAAUUAAAAGGUUGUUUUCAAAGUGAUGUUUUAAAGCAUGGGUUAGAUUCGAGUAUUUCAGACGAUUCUGUAACGUCGCAGUCAUUAAUGACCACAAUAAAACAAGAUAUUGAGGGUAGUCCUAAAGACAUGAAAAUUGAAAUUGAAUCCAGUAACGAAGAUUGCGAUAGCGAUAAAAAUAAUAUAAGCAACGAUACCGACAAAGACUCCAUUGUUUCUAAUUCUAUAGAAGAAGACGCGGAUACACAAUAUGUAGAGCCUGUUACUGGAAAUCACAAACAAGAUCAAAUAUCUUCCUUUCAUAAAUUUACAUCGUUGUACUUGCCAUUGUGUAACAGAGAUUUGGAUGACACACACUAUUCAGAGCCAGAACAAGUUCAAUGUAUGCUUUCCAACGUACGACGUUCUUCUCAAAAGAUUUCUCAAACUUCCUCGCAUCGGGAUACAGAUACGAAGUCGUCAACCCAAAGUAAAAUUAUUAUUAAUGCGGAAAUACCACCGGAAAAGACGCAUGUAAAUGAGUCCAUGAUGCAAUUAACUAUUUUAGAUUCUGUGAAAAAAAGAAGAAAACCAAAGCGGGGCAGUUUGGUGGAGAAACUGCAGUUAACAAUUAAUAGCCAAGUAUCGUUUAUACGUAUAUGGAGACAUCGAUUGAAACAAGCGAUAAAACAAAACGUUUCUAUGCCAUCCGUUACCGUGUUUGUACGAACAUGUGUAACACGCUUCAGCAGACAGUUCUUGGAAGGAGUCGUUAUCGAGGAUCCAUUUAAUUUGCUAUUGCACGGAUCAGAAAGCAAUGUUGUCAAACCUAUAAGCAUCAUGACGAUUCCCGAUAUUGCAGGAAUAAUAAUGUCGAUAUCUCAAGAUCGGCCAGAACUUUACGAAGAAGUGAAGCUGUACAAGAAUGCUCGAGAAAGAGAGAAACAUGACAAUCAAGCUGAUUUGUAUGCAGUUGUAAAUACGUUGCAACACUUGGAGAAAGCUUACAUUAGAGAUUGCGUGACUCCGAAAGAGUACACAGCUGCCUGUAGUAAAUUGUUAGUGCAAUAUAGAGCAGCUUUCAAACAGGUGCAAAGCGAUCAAUUUCCUACAAUAGAUGCAUUUGCCAGAGCGUUUCGAUUAGACUGUCCAGCUGCGCUGGAGAGGAUCAAGGAGGACAGACCGAUUACCAUAAAAGACGACAAAGGGAAUACAUCCAAAUGUAUCGCAGACAUCGUUUCCUUGUUUAUUACGCUAAUGGAUAAAUUACGACUCGAGAUCAAAGCGAUGGAUCAGUUACAUCCUGAUCUAAGAGACCUAGUGGACACCAUGAAUCGUUUGAGCAUACUGCCGAGCGACUUCGAUGGGAAAGAGAAAGUCGCAGAAUGGUUGCAGACACUUAGCAGUAUGUCCGCAUCCGACGAAUUGUCCGACACUCAAGUCAGGCAACUGAUCUUCGAUCUGGAAACAUCUUACAACGCUUUCAACAAAAUUCUUCACAAUUCGUAAUGUCAGUGACUUGUUUCACGCUGUAUUGAAACACGAUCUAUAUGAUUGCUGGUUUUCUCGAUGAGUCAUGUGAUUGUUCACCGUUGAGAUUACACGAAGAGAUAUAUCUAUUUUCUACGCAAUUCUUUGUGACGAUGCCUAUACGAUAAUAUAAUGAUGAUAUAACGGCAAAUGUAAUAUAUAAAUAUAUAAAUCAAUGUA